CACUCGUCGUGAAUGUUUUCCGUCCUGUCAAAAUGCGGUGGUCUGUUUUUUGCGAAUAAAAUUCGUAAUUUCGUGAUCGUUGGCCGUUAAAAAGUUUGAGAUAAUUGCCGAGACACCGUUGCACGGUUGUCGCGUUUGCUUCCGGAAAAUCGAUAGGAAGAACGGCAAAACAGAGAGUUGCGUGUUGACAGUGCCAAGACGUUCUGAAGCCAAACAAUGGAUCAAUACCAAUACCUUGCGGAGGAGGGUAACCACCAGGCACGGCAAAUAAUCAUCCUCUCUAGUGUUUGAGGCGUUCCAGAUACUUUGCUCGACGAAGCUAAGAUCUGCGAAUGUUGCAUUUUUGAUCGAAAUUCGUUCAUCCAGUGACACACCCUCGAUUUCGACGUGAAACGGCGAUAACGUUUCCGUAGUCGCAGCAAUGGAGAAAAGCGACAACCAGUCAAAGUCCUCCAAGAAGAGAGCCUCUAGGUCUCUUAUUUCUUCCGAUGGAGGGAUCCAGUGCGUCCAGGUCGUGGUUCGCUGUAGGCCGAUGGACGAGAAGGAAAGCGCGCGAGGUUUUUCCCGCGUCGUGGACGUCGUUCCGUCCCGAGGAGUCGUUGAAAUUCGAAAUCCUCGAGAGGAUCCUUCCCGCGACAAUGUCAAGGUCUUCACCUUUGACGCCGUCUACGACUGGCACUCUAACCAACAGGACCUCUACGAAGAAACCGUCAGACCCUUGGUGUCCUCCGUCCUCGAUGGCUUCAACGGCACUAUUUUCGCCUACGGACAAACGGGAACCGGAAAGACAUACACAAUGGAAGGCACAAAACACGACUCAAAGAAACGGGGAAUAAUCCCUCGUUCCUUCGAGCACAUCUUCAGCCACAUAAGCAGAUCAGAGAACAUGCAAUAUCUUGUUAGGGCAAGUUACUUGGAAAUAUAUCAGGAAGAAAUCAGGGACUUGUUACAUUCCGAUCAGAGUCUGAGAUUCGAAUUGAAAGAGCGACCCGACACUGGCGUUUUCGUAAAGGACCUCUCUUCAGCAGUUUGCAAAAGUGCGGCCGAAAUCCAGCAAAUCAUGAAUGCCGGAAAUCAAAACCGAACGAUAGGUGCUACUAAUAUGAAUGAGCACAGUUCCAGAUCACACGCGAUUUUCAUGAUCACGAUAGAAAUGGGAUCAAUGGGAGACAGCGCUGGAAUUCGAGUAGGUCGUCUGAAUUUGGUGGAUUUGGCCGGAAGCGAGAGACAGAGUAAAACUGGAUCAUCCGGUGAACGGCUGAAGGAAGCUAGCAAGAUAAACCUGAGUUUGUCAGCUCUAGGGAAUGUGAUUUCGGCUCUAGUCGACGGCAAAACGAGUCACGUACCGUACCGGGAUUCAAAACUAACUCGACUCCUUCAAGAUUCCCUCGGUGGAAACUCGAAAACUAUCAUGGUAGCGAAUAUCGGACCCGCUAGUUACAAUUAUGACGAGACUCUGACAACUCUGCGAUAUGCAAAUCGUGCCAAGAAUAUCAAGAACAAGCCGAGAAUAAAUGAGGACGCGAAAGAUGCGCUUUUGCGACAAUACCAGGAGGAGAUUAGUCGUCUGAAGGAGAAACUCUUGCAGAAAGGGACCUUGCCGAAAAAGAAGAAAAAGUUAAAGAGGAAAAAGGAAGACGAUUUGGAUUCGGAAUCCGAGACUGAGGAUAGCAGGGAUGACAAUAAGACAACGGAGGCGGAUAAGAAAUUAAUAGCUGAACAGUUGAAGGCUGAGAAGCAGGAGACGGAGAAUUUGGUGCAGCGGAUCAAGGAUUUGGAAAGCAAGAUGCUCUGUGGUGGGAAGAAUAUUAUUGAUCACACGAAUGAGCAACAGAAGGCGUUGGAGCAGAGAGCUGCGGAGAUUGCGGAGAGGAAAAAGCGGGAGGUUGAGAUGCAGCAGAAGCUGGAAGAUCAGGAAUUGACGACGAUGGGAGUGAAGGAGACUUACACAACGCUUCAGCAGGAAGUGGACGUUAAGUCGAGAAAGCUGAGGAAAUGUUUCGCCAAGUUGCAAGGUUUAAAACAAGAUUUGGAUGAUGUGACAAAUGAGUACAAUCGGGACAGAAGAGAUCUAGAACAAACGCAGCAUGAAUUAAUGAAGGAGCUGAAGCUCAAGUACCUCAUAAUUGACAACUUUAUACCGGUGGAAGAAAAGCACAAGAUUUUGUCGAGGGUUCGGUUUGAUGAGGACGAGGAUUGCUGGGUGUUGAAAGACCCGGAGCCCUCAAGUGUGGAGUUAAUCAAGCGACCGAUUUCCAUUCCUGGAGGAAGGAGGCCAGUUUCCGAAUAUGCGAAGAUUGCUUUAGCGAUGGGAAGAGGUCACCGAUACGCCGGAGAGAAUAUUUUGAAUUUGGAACUCGAUAUGCCAGCGAGAACUACUCUGGACUACCAGGGACCAGCCAUUGCUCCAACUAUUCAAGCGGUUUUGGAAGAAGCUUUAAGAGACGAAGGGGACAUUGAUGUUGAUGCUUCGAAUGUAAGAUUGAGACCCAAAACUCGUCUUCAAUCGGCAAGGAUUCGGCCCAAGAGUGUUGGAAAGGUGCAACAGAUUCCAGCGCCAGUUUACCAACAAAUGUCAGCUCAAAUCUAUCCAAAGACUAGGGGAUUAGUUCCCAAAUAGUUAGCGCAGUUCUUCGCCCUUCUUUCACUAAGGAAUGAGACUCUUUUGUAAAUAUGAAUUGGAACGUUUUUCAGUUUGAGAUGGUAGAUAUUAUUUGUGAUAUUUCGAUUAAUUGAACGGGAAUCAGAUGGCGAAAGGUUAUUUAGACUGAAUUAUUAACUUUCUAGUCAUCAUGCAAUUAGAUGUUUGGCGUCAGCCAACGUAACUGCUGUAAUAAACUUAAAGUGAUAUUAAAAGCUGGAUAUUUUACUUCCACCUCUCCUGGGAGGAACUGUGGAAUGGAGAUGAUAGAAUUUUUCCGAAAAAGCGAAACUCUGGAGGUUGAGAAAUGCCAAAAAUAUACUUACUGAAAUAUAAAAUAAAAACUUUUAAUUUCAAAACUUACGUAUAUUAAAUAAAAUAUUGCUCUACUAGGUACAAAAUAUUAAACCUUUUUUUUAUUUCUUCCGUAAUUUAAUCAUUUCUGUAAUUUAAAAUUUCUAGGUUCGUUAAAUUUUACUUUUCCGGUGCAAUUAUAUCAUCCCAGUUAGAAGUUUGGAAAAAACUAGAUUUGUUAUGAUUAAGACAUCGAGAUUAUUUCUAGAAGCAAUGUAAAGAAAAAAAAGUAAAAGAAAGUGCUUCAUUUAAAAAAUCCUCUUUAUGUUAAUAGUGCAUAUUACAUUAAUACUUACUGCUUGACGUUGUACAACACGCAGAAAAUAAAUUUGUCAAAGUAAAAUUAGUGGCACAAUCUUGAAUGUUUGAUUGCUUUAUGUGAAAGAAAUCAGAUAUAAAGAUUUCUAAAUUCUUGUGUUGUUUGGAAACUUAAUUAAUAAAUAGUUAAUAGAUAUUUGAAAGCUUUCAACCGAUACUCUAAUAAAAUUUCAUUUUUUAGAAAUAUCAUUUGAAAACUCAAUACAGUAAAAUAGGUCUAAUUUUGUUACCAGGCUUUUACCACCAAGAGCUUUUUUAUGGCAGCUUAUUACAAUUUCCAAUAUAUGGAGACGCUCCUGGAAAUCCUUGAUGCACAUGCGCUGAUCUUGAUUAAUUUCCUAAUCAAUGGUAGUGACCUUUCACAAUUAAAUUUUCUGCGACAAGAUAAAGUAUUUGCAUACUUGUAAAAGAUUUUAAUAAAAAAAA